AUGCCUCACGCGUUCAAGCAAUCGCUCGACGACCUCUGCUGCCUGAAUCUGAUUGGCUCCCGAAACGCCACGCUCGAGGCGCCUCGGAGCACCAACCGAGCCGCGCAAAAUAAUAUUUUUGACGACUUCUCCUGCUUAGGGUUAGGUCUUGAGGACGAAUCCGACGGUCUGUUUCGGUCUGCGCCGCAAAGCCGCUCCGUUUCCCCCCCGCCCACCUUCCCCCCUCCGCUCGCCGUUUCCCCGCCGCUGGACCCAGCGCGCGCGGUUCCAGGCAGCGCGACCGGCGCGCAGGUCUCCGCAUUCAGCGCCGCGCUUGCCGCCGCCACUGGCGCCGCCGUCAAAAGCUCGUCUGCAGCCUUCGCGGAUCAACUCCCCCAACUCCCGCGCUCCGCCUUCUCGCCUUCCCCCGCUAAUGCCCCCGCUGUUCCGCUCCCCCCUUCCCGCCCCCCCUCCUCCUCGUCCUCUCACCCCUCUUACCCGCUUUCCCGCGAAUCGCUGUUGCGACGGCCGACGCGAAUUAUAUUAGUGCGACACGGGCAGAGUGAGGGGAACUUGGACGAGGGGAUUUACACCCGAAUCGCGGACUCGCGCGUGUCUUUAACGCCUCUAGGGUUCGAGCAGGCCGUGGAAUGCGGCAAGCAGAUUAGGAAAUUAAUCGAAUUCGACCGGCGGAAAGGGGGGAAGCAGGGGAGAGGUGGGGAAGGGGGGAAGGAGGGGAGGCGGAACGCGGGAGGUGAUUCUAGCGAGGGUGAUUAUAGCGGAGACGAGGAGGAUGAUUGGGGGGUGUAUUUCUACGUAUCGCCCUACCUGCGAACUCUUCAGACCCUGCGGGGCAUAGGGCGUGCAUUUGACAGGCAGCACAUUCUGGGAGUGAGGGAGGAGCCUAGGCUGAGGGAGCAAGACUUUGGAAACUUCCAGGUGCAGGAGCGCAUGAGGCAGAUCAAGGACAUGAGGCAGCGAUUUGGACGUUUUUUUUACCGAUUCCCGGAGGGGGAAUCGUCUGCUGACGUGUACGACCGCGUGACUGGCUGUCGUCUGCUUGUUUUCGUAUCCAUCCCACCCUCUCUUUCCCCCCUCCAUUGCUCCCCCCCGUUCUCUUAG